GAAAACCUGAUAACAGUGACAUCAGUGCGCACACUUGUCUCCGAGAUGCGGCGGGUAUAGAUCUCUGGGUCAGACUGUCGCGUGCAUGGAUGCGCGCCGACCUCGGAGACGCACGGCGGAGGAUUUUGCGCACUGAAGUCCUGCACAGAGCUGAGCUGAGGGGGAGCGCGCAGAGGAGCGGACAGGCGCCGGGACACGGGCUCCACUUGGCUACCACUUUAACGCAUGCUGCGGUCGGAGUGGGUGGAAAUACAGCCCCGCCGAGACAUUCCAAAGAGUCGCCGGCGGCCCCCCGUGGAACAUUCACUCAACAUCCUGAGAGGAUUUUAGGACUCUUUGCCCAGAGUGGAUUUGAACAAUGGCGAUUCCAGCAGCGCGACCGAACUAAGCGAGGUAUUGCCUUUUGGAAAACGGUGAUCACAGCGAUGUUUCAGCGGCGCGCGCGUCUGCCUCUCUCCAACUCUUCCAGAGGGGAUUUACGCGCCGCGCGUCUUGAAUAAGUCGAGCAGUCGUUGACGAUGAGUGCCCCGCAGACGCUCCUGUUUCUGCUCCUCCUGCACCAGGUCACAUGCAGGAAGGUGCACGGAGGCGUCACAGAGCUCAUCGAGUGGGGAGACGGUAAUAAUGAACAGAAGAUUUCUCCCACGGGGGCCAGUCCGCGGGUCCUCAACCCCCUGCGCUUGUUUGCCAGGGGCUCCCCCGGGUUCAAGAGCAACAUGCGGGAAAUAACAUAUUUACAGAACAUGGAGGACUUUUGGGACUGGUUAUCUAACCAGACAGAUGUUCAGGGUGCACAGGCCAGAACUAAACGCAGGCCCAUCGUCAAGACCGGCAAGUUCAAAAAGAUGUUUGGGUGGGGGGACUUCCACUCCAACAUCAAGACCGUCAAGCUCAACCUGCUGAUCACGGGGAAGAUCGUGGACCACGGCAACGGCACGUUUAGCGUCUACUUCCGCCACAACUCCACGGGCCAGGGCAACGUGUCCGUCAGCCUGGUGCCGCCCUCCAAGGUGGUGGAGUUCGAGAUCGCCCAGCAGUCCACGCUGGAGACCAAAGACACCAAAUCAUUCAACUGCCGCAUCGAGUACGAGAAGACGGACCGCAACAAGAAGACGGCCCCGUGCAGCCCCCACCAGUCCAAGGUGUGCUACCAGGAGCAGACGCAGAGCCACGUGUCCUGGCUGUGCUCGAAGCCCUUUAAAGUCAUAUGCAUCUAUAUAGCCUUUUACAGUGUAGACUUUAAACUGGUCCAAAAGGUAUGCCCCGACUACAACUACCAUAGUGACACACCGUACUCCUCCACGGGAUGACCUAUAGCGGUCGCCAGUGCACAUCAACCUUUAGUUUUAUCUUCAAAUAAUGUAAAUGUCAACUUCUAAGCUCCUCGUCCCAGAGCCCCUAAAUACCUGCGACGUGCUGCAGGAGGUGCAACUUAAAAUGGGGGUGGGAUUCGCCGCAUUAUCGUAAGACAGGUCGGAUAGUUAGGUGUCCGGGGACUCGGGGUCUUGGGGGUUGACCUGGGAUUCAGAGCUUGCUGCACCAACCCUGAGUGACUUCCUCCCAUCACCACAGCACAUGUCCUCUGCAAACCGCACGUAUAACUAGCGUGUUGUCCAGAUGCUUUCUCCGAGGCGAGGCCAUAGGCGGCGCAGCCUCUCAAUCGGAAGCGUUAGAGCUGGCUCCUCUCUGCCAGCGCGCCAUUGAUGCUAUCCAACAAUUCCCCCGCCUCAUUAAAAACAGUCGCUUAUGGGGUGAAAUAUUACACGAGUUUGAAUCAUGUUAAUAAUUACAAUACCGAGACAUUUUCGAUUUGUUACUCAUCCGGGCAUACAAUUAGAUAUUACCCAAGUCAAAAUGAUCCCUCCAUUGUCCUCGAAGCCGAGCCCACGUCCAUUUGUACCUGUGAACGGAACACAGGCGGGACAGUCUCUGUUCAUUUCAGAUUAGGGUUGAUUAAUGUGAAAUUUUUUUAAAAUUUUUUUUUUCAAGUAGCUCUGAAUAAUUAAUACGCCCUCGCAACCGGGAUCUGUUAUCUCUGUUAUCUGUCUCUUGUAGGCCCUGAAAUCAGGUGAAUUGAUGCGCUUGAACCUAAUUGUAAAAGGCAAAAUGAAUUGAUGCAACAAAUCUGAUCCAAAAGCAGACCACAGAGCACAGGUGAACCAAUCGCCACACACGCACAUGUGUAGGUAUCCAUGUACGCUGCCUUCGUUUGCUUCUUAAAAAGAAAAAAAAGAAAAAAGUGUCGUGUUUUUCUGCCACAACCAUCAUAAGGCACGUGUGCGCCAAACGAGCCCGGGAUAUUACAUCUGUGGUUGCUGGAUGCACUUUGAGGCAUCAGCCUGCCGCGUGAGCCCCGCAGUGGAUUAAUGUGUCAGGAGAGGCGGGGGGCGGGGGGGGGGGGGGUAAUUGGAGGACAGGUGGAUUUAGUGACUCUGGCAGACAAUUAUCAGCACUUUGUCAUGGUCCUGCCACAAGCCCUGACAUUACCUGUCUUUAAUAGGCUUUAAUUAGCCUGGGAAAUUUCAUUUACUUAACACCACAAGAGCGGAGACACCGAAAGCAAAAUUUUUUUGGGGGGGGGGGGGAUAAAGAAAUAAAGAAAGAAAAGAAAAAGACAAAAGUAGAGAAUCCGUCUGGAAUUUUAAUGAGAAGUGGGACUACGGAAUUUUUGGAAAAUGUCAGACAUUUCCCAGUUGUACAGCAGGCUUAAACCGAACAACUUUGGUGUAAAACGUGGAUAACAUCCAGUCUCGUGGUAGACGGCGUAAUGUGCUUUGACUUGAAACAAAGGAGGAGAAAAAACACAUUUCAAAAAGGUUUCUCGUCUCGAGACACUGUCAACGCGUUGAAUGCCAUGAGCUGUUGUUUGCACACAUCCGGGGGUUAGUCCGGGGCACCGACUAAUCGCAUGGCAAUUAUUUCCGUCCGUCACUUUAUUGGCUGUAUCUCAUGCCUUUCCCCGACUGCUGUAAAUGACCCUGUCAAAUUCCAUGUGUGGUGAGGUGUAUGAUAAGGAACUAUUCAAAUCAGAGUUGAAUCCAUGUUGAUGUUUUAGUUCUGCUCCUUUGUGAAAAAUUGCUGUGUGUUAUUGUGUAACUCUAAAACUUUAACGUGUUUAAUUAUGGCUUCGGAGUAAAUGAUGUCAGUUUAUUCUCAUUUUUUCCAGAGAGAAAUAUAUCAAUGAGUAUACUGGUGCUUAUUUUUCGGUGUUUGUUCAGCGGCAUCGUGUAGAUAAUCAUAUUUAUUGCUACUAGUCAUAGAUUGCUUUGAGUUCCAUUUUUUGUAAUCCUUGCAAAUUGUACCUACGUUGAUUUCCGUGCUUGCUUAAUCCCGUUUGAAUGCUUCCCCUGUAAAAUAGAAAUAAGAGCACUGCUGUGCUGUGUGUGUACAGUGUAAGUACAAAUGUUCAUUUUGGAAUAUUUGAUUUCAAUAGGGGGUUGACUUUUGUUAAAAUGAAAUUGUAAAGAUCCGUUUAGGUUUCUACGGCAUUAAACAUCAUCUGAACUGGGCUCACAGCACAUUGUCA